UCAAACGACAUUUUUAUUAUUCUCUAUGCAACUCGAGAUCCUUCACAAUUUUGAUUUGAGGUAAAUUUGGAGACCCGCUCAACUAAAUGGAAACUUGUAAAUUGUAAUUAAAGAUUUGAGCAUUAUGGAGUAUUAUACCCACAUUUCUAAGGUGUUGUGUUCUGAAUAUGAGAAAUUAUCAGAAGCUGAAGUGUGGUAAGAAACUGCAAAAAUAUAUAAAUUGAAAAUUGCGAACCUCUGAUGAGUCCUCAGAUAACCUGAUGGAGUAAGUUAAUAAUGGUGAUCCAUAGGGCCCUUUUUACUUGGUUUAUACUGUUGGUAUUCUUUAUCCUAUUAUGUCUACGUCUAGAGGGGAGGAUACAUUGGAAUUGGUUCCUAAUCUUCCUGCCUAUGUGGAUCUAUGACGUUAUUUUAACUAUAGAAGCACUCUUUCAAAUAUCCAUUCGAUGCAAGCAUGAACAUUUCAAAUCUGGUGUCGAAAAUAAGAAUACACUAUUAGUAGUCUUAGUUCUGUUAAAGAUAACAGCGCAAAUAGUAUUAUGCCUAAAAAUGCAGUACCAACAUCUACAGAUACCUCUUUAUCAUGUUCUGGUUCCUAUUUGGAUUCUAUUACCACUGCUGAUCAUUGAUUUAACUGUGAAAUUAGUUAAAAACAGUUCCAAUAACUAUUGA